CUAUCCACCACCAUGGCCUUCCCGCAACAUCGACGGCAACGUCGCUACCAAGCUUCUUCCCGUAAAAUCGGCGAAAGGAGAGUGCAUGUUGACCCGUCCAACUACACCGUCCCGAGAGCGUUGACCUUGCCGGUAGGCGGCAUCAUCAACCAUGGCCAUGACAUCACCACCUCCUUCUCGUCCCACCCUGCCGCCGAGACCGUUGCCAAGGGGAAGCAACCUACCUACAGCAGGAGGAAGAGAGAAAUGCUGCUGCCCUUGGGUGGCUUCUCGUUCGAGCGCGCAUCCACUGCUGCUGCAGUUGGUCCGGCGGCUGAGGUUGGUAAGGUUGUUCCAGCUUCACCAUCGCUGCUGGACGGGAGAGGGCAGGGGGGUGGACGAGAGAAAGGAUGGAAGGAGGGGAUACUUGGCUAUGGUGCUCGGGUUUUGGCGCUCUCCGUUUCGUCGCCCAAGCGCGAGCUCCUGUGCGACCGUAAGGACCCUUACGCGCACCUUUCUCCUCGGCGGCUGGCCUUCACCGUCGUCAAGUCGGGUUUCGUGGUGGCCGCGCCCAUGCUCAACGAAGUCAUCUUGGAAAACUUAGAUGAGGACGAUAACCAAAGUGGAGGCGGACGAGGGAGCUUUGGCGGCGGCAGGGUUGGUGGUGACCCGUUCGGUACCAACAUCCGACGGGUGUACGUAGGCCAGGACGGCGAGCUGGUGUUUGAGCGAGCGGGGGACGAAGAAAAGAGAGAGGAAGGGGACCGGGCCGACGGGGACGUGGCCGCGUCCCUGAGCAAGUCCUUCGAGCUCUUCCCAGCCUUGACUUUCCGGAGAGUGUUGCACAGCGUGAUGACGGUGUCGACACAGCGGCUGCUGGAGUGGCAGGCCGUCUUGCGCCUUCCUGCCCGGACGGCCGAUCGUUUGACAAAGAACGUAGCUCUGUCGGCGCUGCGCAAGACGGAGCGCAUGUCUCGGAGCAUGGCAGCCGCCAGGAUGACUCUCACCGCCGCAAGGUCGCUCUUCUUCCAAAACCUGGCUCUCUUCAUCGUGGACGAGCUGUUCCUUGGCGUCCGCAUAGGGCUGACCGAGAGGCGCCGUAGGAGAGACAACCCCUACGCGUGCACGGAUUGGCCGGCGGUGCUGCGAGAACUGCGUAAAAAGUCUGUGGGCAACGCCGCGUUCGCCUUUUGCAUCUGGGUCGCGGGCACCAUUGGCAGCGUGGUCGGCACCAUGGUCUACCCUCCUAGAGGUCCCGAGCUGCUGUCGAUCUUGGCUGAGAUGGGCGCUUCGGCAGUCCUUGGCUAAACCGGGGGAAGAGGGUGUGUUUGUUCACCCACCCGUGAUGUGGUUUCUACCCCAGCUGAGAAAACAGGGGUGCUUGCCUGCAGCUCUGGUUUUGGUUUGAGGGCAUGGGUGCGGCAGCGUUGAAGCCGCCAUCGCCCCUCUGUUGCCCCUCCCGAUCGAUCGAUCGAUCGAUGGAAAGGGCGGUUGGGGCUAUCUCCUUCGUUGUUAUGCGUGCCUUUGUUGUGUUUUCGAGUUCGGCGAAUAUUUAUUUGUGGAUGCUCUGUAAAGUGAGUUCGCCCCUCCCUGUGGUGGCAUUCUUUCCGAUACUGUCGUUGUUCUUUCGUAAAUUGGGUGUUGCCGGAUAAAGCCCUCCAAUCGUUUAUCCUCGCGAAUCAAGGGGAUCAAAUUCGCCGUUUCAUACGUUUGGAAGGAAUUUGCACGACUACUGUACCACUUCGGGCGGGGCGUGAGUAGUCGCAAGCGUUGUUGCAUAUCGCAUCAGCAGUUCCCUCGUCAAACGUAUCCCCUGUUGGUUUUGUCCGUGUCUGCGGAGAGAGAGUGCCGGCUUUGUUCACGCCUACGGCUCGGUUGGACAAGGGACUGGAACGGUCUCUUAAGGUGAAGCCAACAACAACAACACACCAAGAACAGGAUGGUCUGCAAGAGGGUACCGUCGUCUGAU